AUGGAAGAAAAUCAACAAAAGCAUUUUGUUCUCGUACAUGGUGCAUGCCUUGGAGCUUGGAGCUGGUACAAGCUACAACCGCUGCUAGAGGCGGCUGGUCACCGCGUCACGGCAAUUGAUCUCUCAGCCUCCGGCAUCAACCCGAAAAGCCUAGAUGAGCUUCGCACAUUUCCAGACUAUACACUGCCAUUGUUUAAGGUAAUGGAGUCGAUUCCACCAGACGAAAAGGUAGUUCUAGUUGGACAUAGUCUUGGUGGCAUGAACUUGGCUUUUGCAAUGGAGAAAUACCCUGAAAAGAUUUACAUGGCUGUUUUUCUUGCGGCUAUAAUGCCUGACACUGUACAUAGGCCAUCCUAUGUUCCGGAACAGGUCCCGAUGGAAGAUUCUUUGGACACUCAAUUCGCGCCAUUUGGUAGACCCGAAGAUCAUCUCCAAUCAAUACUCUUUGGUCCACAGUUCAUAUCAUCCAGACUAUAUCAACUCUCCCCACCUGAGGAUGUUGCAUUAGCAAACUCAUUAGUGAGGCCAACCUCUAUUUUUUUGGAAGAUUUGUCAAAUAGGAGUCCAUUUUCCAAUGAAAAGUUUGGAUCAGUAAAACGUGCUUUCAUCAUAACCGGCAAAGAUAAAGCCAUACCACCAGAUUUCCAGCGCUGGGAAAUUGAAAAUAAUCCUGUGGCAAUACAGAAAGAGAUAGAAGACGCUGACCACAUGGCAAUGAUUUCAAAGCCGAGCACCCUUUGCCAAUAUUUAUUGGAAAUAGCAAAAUAA